GCUGCCGCUCCGCCGGGCCCCGCACCCGCCCGCAGGCUCUCCUUGGCGCGGCCGCUUGGACGGUCCUGACUGCAGCCCCUCCCCCAACCCGGUCCCUCCGGCGUGGGAGCGGGACUCCCCCCCCCAGAUGUUUCGGCCCCGCCUGAGCGUCUGGGGCGCACCGGUGGCAUUCGGGUGGAACGCGGAGGCCCACGGUGGAGGCCAGAAGGUGUCCACGUUCUGGCGUGGGCUCAGCCCCAAAUGUGGGCGCUGUGAAUCAGGUGUUGACCACCUUCUCCCCCACCGGCUGCGGUCAGUCACUGGACCCUGGACUUUGACCUGUCUCUCUCCACCAGGCCUGGGCCGCUGAUGGUUUUGGCGAAGUAUCUUAAGGUAGCUGGGCCGGCCCCCUCUUUCCCACCUACCUCUUGUCCUUCCCCCUACACCACCCUGGCUCCCCUCCCUCAUGACCGCCUGGAUCCUCCUUCCUGUCAGCUUGUCAGCAUUCUCCAUCACGGGCCUAUGGACUGUGUAUGCCAUGGCCGUGAUGAACCGCCACGCGUGCCCUGUGGAGAACUGGUCCUACAACGAAUCCUGCUCUCCUGACCCCGCUGAACAAGGGGGCCCAAAGACCUGCUGCACCCUGGAUGAUGUCCCCCUCAUCAGCAAGUGUGGCACAUAUCCCCCAGAGAGCUGCCUCUUCAGCCUCAUUGGCAACAUGGGUGCUUUCAUGGUGGUCCUGAUCUGCCUGUUGCUCUACGGGCAGCUCCUGGAGCAGAGCCGUCACUCCUGGGUUAACACCACAACGCUCAUCACGGGCUGCACCAAUGCUGCGGGCCUCGUGGUGGUCGGCAACUUCCAGGUGGAUCAUGCGAAGUCUCUGCACUACAUCGGAACUGGUGUGGCCUUCCCCGCCGGGCUGCUCUUCGUCUGCCUGCACUGUGCCCUCUCCUACCAUGGGGCCACUGCCCCCCAGGACCUGGCUAUGGCCUACCUGCGGAUGGUGCUGGCAGCCAUCGCCUUUGUCACCCUAGUCCUCAGCGGUGUUUUCUUUAUGCACGAGAGCUCUCAGCUGCAGCACGGGGCAGCCCUGUGCGAGUGGGUGUUCGUGAUCGACAUCCUCAUCUUCUACGGCACCUUCAGCUACGAGUUUGGGGCAGUCUCCUCAGAGACGCUGGUGGCCGCGCUGCAGCCUGCCCCUGGCCGGGCCUGCAAGUCCUCCGGGAGCUGUAGCACCUCCACUCACCUCAACUGUGCUCCUGAAAGCAUCGCCAUGAUCUGAGAUCUGGGGAGGGUGGCUGGCCCAGCCUCAGCAGCUCCCCACCUCUUAACUUCGCAUUUAUUUUGUACCAAAAACGAUUUUGAGAAAGUAUUCUGCUGGGAUACAGGCUUCCUUGCUGCUGGAGGAAUGGCCAUCCCACACCCACCUGUGCCAUAGCGGAGCGGGCCUGGCAGCAGCCUGGGCCACACACAGGCUACUCCCCGACUCUGCAGUGUUGUUUUUAUGUUUAAAGGUCACAUAUCCUCACUCACCCAGCCAGCCCUUCAGGUGCCUUCUACUCCCCAGUGCCAAGGCCACACCACUGGGGUUUCCUGCUGCAGGAAUUGGGGGCUGGGAACAGCAAGAGGGACAGAAGUCUGUGGGAAGGCCCACUUUUGGGCCCACUGAGGUGCACUGGGAUUCUUCACUCUGCCCCUUACUUUCUUUUGGGCAAGUAAUACAGCAGAACCACAUGGGUAUUUUAGUACUUUUUUUUUUUAAUCUAUUAAAAGAAUUCUAAUUUGCA